ACCAUGGGAUUUGAACACUUUGUUCGUGGUUCCCAUUUUCAUGAACGCUUGUUCUCGAUUUUGGGAACUCUUUUUUCUCCGUGUAGUUUUUAAAGGCCUACCACCCGAUGACAGUUAACAAGGACAGUGACAGCUCGAGCUUGAUCUUUGUUUACAUCAGGACACUGUGGUGAGGAGUUCGUCAUUUUUGAGUAAUUUUUUUUCACUGGGCGGGGUUAGACGCUUAGAAAAUUAUCGAACAUAUUAUUGAUUUUCUUAAGGGGUAUAUCAAUAAUUUCAAAAUAACCUUACAAAUUUUAAAAUUUUUGUAAAAGUUUUGGAUUUAAAACCACAUUUUAUGAGCAAAAUAAUGUUCUUGACAAAUUGAUUUUCCCAGAGUCGUGCUAAUUUUUAUCAAAAUAAAACAAAUUGUGUUAUGAACACUGCAAUUUACGAUUUUUUUAUGAAGGUUUUAGUUUACACACUUAGAUUUUUUUUAUCGAAUUCAACAUUUGAUAAUCGGUAAAGUUUAGAUCGGUAAACCAUCUGUCAAAAUGAACAAAUUUUUACCAAAUUUCGGUUUACGAUGAACAAUAAUGAACUGCUACCGAAUUUCGGUAGGUUUUUAUCGGAUUCGGUAAUUUUCAGUUAGCCGAAGUGUGAGGCAGUUGUGUAUGGCCAAAAAAGUCGGUCUACAUUUUUCUAUAAUUCUAGCCAAGUUUAUCGAAAGAAAAAAUAAUAACAAAUCGGGUUAUCAAAAAUUAGUCAAUUUUGUAAAAUUCAAAAAAUAAGAAGUUAUAACAUAUGUGGUUAUGACUAAUGAUCACUAUUUUUAAAAGUUGGUAAAUCACAUAAAUGACACCUAAACUACCAAGCGCGCGGAAAACUCGGUUUUCAUAUGGAACCAACCUAGUUUUCCAUACACACAAAAAAAUAUUACGGUAAUGACAAAAGUAACUUACUUUUGAAUUAAAAAGUUGUUAAAAUUUGCUACAUUAAAAGUUUUUUUCUUGUUUUGAAAAUGAAAACUUUUACUGCUACAGUUUUUGAAAAUCUCAUUGCUCACUGAUUUAAAAGUUUUUACUUUUAAUUCGACUGUAAAAUUUCUUUCAUUUUGACGUUCUCGUGUAACCGUGUACGCCUAAGUCGCAAAUGUAAACAAACACUUUGGUGGGUCCGGUGGUGCUGGUGAGUCUAGGACGCAAAGCAAAGCCGACCGCGGACUCGGACGCGGAAACCUUCGUGAGCCAAACAGCAGCAGCGGAACGCCUUCGAAGGAGGGUGGUGCAGGAGCGGGACGAGGUCGAGUGCUCGAAAAGGACAAGGCCAGCUUCCUGCAGGAACUGCAGCUGUUCCACGGCCGGAAUGCGAUGAGAGGUAGGAAUGUGGAUUCGCACUGGUUGUAUUGGGUGGUGGUGGCCCGGGAUUGGUGGUUGAAGGUCAAUUCGCGUGAGGACUGGGGCGAGAUCAUCGAGGAGAUGGCGCUGCCGAAGCGUUGCGUGAACAUCGAGAUUGCGUUGAAGAAGAUUAACUUCCGGUUUUUGGACAAGUACGCGAAAGUUUAUUUUCACGAUGGGCCUCCGACGAAGAGGAGGACGACGAAAAGCUACAUAAUCGGAGGUGGUCAGCGCAGAUGUUGCACUCGGUGCCGGCGGUUUACUGCACCGGAGACAACUUCCCGCCCACAAACACUCACGUCGCGACGGCGCAGCUUCAGCCGAAUGAAUCUGGACAGAGAGCCAAAAAAAAAAAACGAAUUAGGAUUACGUGCUCAAAAUCGAACUCCGUUCCGAGGGCCUCAUCAACUCCAUGUUCCGGAUGCGCUUCCAGGAUCGGGAACUCCCCUUUCAGGCACUUUACUUUCCAGCCGGGAAACGUCGACCACCCUUCCCGAAUCAAUGGCCAACUCCUCCAAGACUGUCCUGAUUGAGGCCGGAAAAGUGACCAUCGUGUUACACUGCUGUCGCGCGUCGAAGCCUCCAUCCGGAACCGUCCAGCCUGGGGUAUUCGGAAGUGACCGGUGGCGCAGAAGCUAGUGGAGAAGCGUUAAAUACAAAAAAAAAGUGUUUUUCUAACAUACCGUUUAAUUUUUUUUUUAAUAAAUGUAAAAAACCAAGCACAUUUUUCUGAAAUUAUCCCUGUAGUGCUUAAUGUUGUGUAUUCUUGCCAUAAAAGGUUUCUUUUCCAAUUAAAAGUAAAAUAUUUUUACCAAUACAACGAUUUUGUUCCAUAAAUGCAUGGUAGUAUCAAAAACUUUCCAACUUUUAAAUUGAAAAGUUUGAACUUUCUACGAAUAUUCACCAACGCGAACUUUUAAUCCAACGAACGAUCUUUUUAAAUUUAGAGUAAUUUUUCUUUGUGUGUAAGUUAUUAUUGGAUUUCUAAUUUUUUCAUAAGAUCUGUUCAAAAACAAUUUUAGUCUGGGUUUUGGAGAUGUUAUGAAUUUCAGAAAUAAUGAAUGGUCAUGAUUUUCUAAUAACGAAAUCAGAUAAUUUAACAAUUCUUUUUUUUAUUGAAAUGAGCCCGUUUUGUUAUUUCCACCUGCCCAGGUUUUUACCUUCGGAUAAUCGAAAUAAAAAAGCUAAAUUACAAGCCCAUAUUUCGAAAUUUAAUGGCAAAAACUGUCACAGAAUGCUUAAUACAUGACCGUUGCAAAUAUUUUUCAAAGUUUAUGUGAACGGGGUUUGUAAUACUUUUUUUUAACCUUUUUACUCUCAUUUAUAAGAUUUUGAAGCAACAUUACGAAAAAUACGAAUAUGAAAAAGAUUUUUUUUAUCAGGACAAAUCUGUAUUAGAAUGAUGUAGAUAGUAUACAACAUCGCAUAACUUCAAUU